AUGAGCAGCAGCGCCAAGCCCGACAAGUCGAUCAAGGGCUUCUUCGGCGGACUAUUUAAGCGCAAGGAGUCGUCCGUGACCGCGCCGCCGCCGCCCAUGCCAGUGGUGGCCGCGCCCAAGCCGGUCGCCGCGCCGGCAAACGUCUCGCGCUCGGCGUCGUCGGGCGCCUGCUUGUCGCCACAAGACGAUGACGACAACGACGACGGCAGCCCGUGCCCAAGCAACGUGCUUGCGGAAUUCGAGUUUGUCAAGGAGCUCGGGAAGGGUGCGACGGCGGUCGUCAAGCUCUGUCGGCGCAAGGUCCAUGACAACCAGAAGGACGACCUCGUGGCCAUGAAGGAGUUUAAAACGUCGUUGCUGAAGAAGAUGAAGGAAUUCAAGCGCGAAGGCCGGCGCAUGAUUGUCUCGACGGCGUUCGACAAGGUGCAAAUCGAGAUUGCCAUCAUGAAGAAGCUGUCGCAUGCCAACCUGGUUUCGCUCGAAGCGGUCCUCGAUGAUGGCGACGAGCAGCUCGUGCUCGUCCUCGAGUACGCCCCGCAUGGGCAGAUCAUGGUCUGGGACGCCGCCCAGCUCUCGUACGUGCCGUCGAUCGACGCGCGGAGCUUUAGUGCGCCGGCGCCGACGACGCCAAUCGUGCAGCUGGCCAAGAACGGUCUUCCACUGCACGUCGCCCGCAAGUGCUUUCGCGAGCUCCUCAUCGGCCUCGAGUACCUCCACACCAACGACAUUUGCCAUCGAGAUCUUAAGCCCGAAAACAUCCUUGUCGGCAACCAAGGCACGGUCAAGAUUGCGGAUUUUGGCGUCGCCCACUUUUUCGAUGACACGGCGCCGGCCGCGCAGCCCGUGGCGCACGGCUACUUGACCAACUCGGCGGGGACGUAUGCUUACAUGGCCCCCGAGUCCAUGGCGUCGGAGCCGUACAGCGCCUUUGUGGCCGAUAUCUGGGCCCUUGGAAUUACGCUCUACGCAAUGCUCUUUGGCACGCUUCCGUAUUUUUCGACCGAAGUCACGGAACUCUUUGAUAUGAUUCAAAACAACCCGAUCGCACUCCCGACGGCCGUGCAAGCGCACCCCGAGCUAAGUUCGCUCCUCCUCGGUCUUCUCGAGAAGAACCCGGCGAAGCGCCUCACGAUCCAAGAAAUGAAGCGACACCCGUGGGUCAACCGCGGCUACGAGAGCCAGCGCGAGGACUUUCAGUGCCGCCAGAUUGAGACCGUCGAAGUGUCGGCUGACGACAUUCAGAACGCGUUCACGCGCAUUCCAUCCAUGGCCGCACUCACACGCAUGAAGAUCUCGUCCAACAAGUGGGCCAACAACGCGCGCAAAGCUGUGAAGGAAAAGGAGCUCCUCAAGCAAGCGUCGUCGGCAAGCUCCAACGCCGGCGACACCAAGCCCGACGCGACGAAGACGGCCUAA